AUAUUUCGUAGGGGCAUUGGAUUGGACCGCACUAGCAACUUUUUCUUCAUGGAGAAAGUGGACAUGAUCAUAGCUCGUGCAUGGCGAAGGUUCCUUGAGAAGACAAGACUGCAAAAGCUGUUCUCAAGAAAGAAAACUAGUAAGCCAAAGAUAGAUUCCAAGAAGAAUGAUGAUUUAGCUAGUGAAAUAGAAGACAAGGAGCUUUAUGUUGAACACAUACGUCUUGAAACAAUGGAUUUAAGCUUUGGGAAUUUAUUUGGCAAGGUCACAAUUCAAGAGCCUACAUUUGAAGAGGUGAUUGUCUUGUAUAGGAGAAAAUGUCCAAAGGGCCAGGAUGAUAGAGCAAUUCAUGUAAAGCACUUCAAAAAUAUCCCAAUGGCAGACAUGGAGUUGGUUCUGCCUGAGAAGAAAAACCCGAGCCUCACACGUAUGGACUGGGUUCAAUUUAUUGUUUCUGUUGUCAUUGGACUUGUUACACUUGUCAGUUCACUGGAAAUGCCUAAAGCUGAUUUCUGGGUUGUAAUUGCAAUCCUCUCUGCUCUGGCAGGAUAUUGCGCGAAGAUCUAUUUCUCGUUUCAACAGAAUAUGGCAACCUACCAAAACUUAAUCACUCAAUCAAUGUAUGACAAACAACUAGUUAGUGGGAAAGGCACACUCCUCCACCUCUGUGAUGAUGUGAUUCAACAGGAGGUCAAGGAGGUCAUAAUUGCCUACUACAUUUUGAUGGAGAAUGGAAAGGCUACUAGUGAUGAUCUUGACUUGCAAUGCGAGGAGUUAAUCCAGGAAGAGUUUGGCUUGCAAUGCAAUUUUGAGGUGAUGGAUGCCGUUCAGAAGCUGGAAAGGUUUGGUGUCAUUACAAGAGUGAGUUCUCACUUGUUUCUUUUUCUUCUCAUGGUGCCACCUGAUCAGAGCAUAGGGACGUUUUCUUACAGAUACAGUGCACAGAAUAACGAUUUUUGCAGACACGUUUACAUGGCCAGAAGUUUUUUUUGCAUCUACUGACCAUCAUGUUGUCACUUGUUGUUCUCUGUUUCUUCUUUUUUUUUCUUUCUGCCCAAUACUUAAGGCCGUUUUGCAUCCAGGACUCUAUUGGAAGGAUUUGCUGUGUCCCUCUAAAGCGUGCCAAUGAGAUCAUCGGCGCAACCACGGAAGAGCUGGUUAUGAAAGCCAGGCAAAGCUAGCAAUCUAUUAUUUUGAACAAUGUAGCCGCAUUGUAGAUUCUUGCCUGAUGGCGCUGUAACGUUUAUGGUUACUCCAGAAAGUCCAAACACUGAACUCUUGCACACCAGGUGCAAACAUGUGAUCUUUGGGAAGGUGGUCAGUGGAAUUGCUUUGCUUAAAAAGCUUGAAGCAGUUGGUAGUGAAACUGGAAAUCCUUCUUAUCAAGUGAAAAUUGUAGACUGUGGUUAAGUUUCCAACACAAAUUCUCAGGAUCUGCUAAAGGGAGAUAAAGGUUUGCGCGACAUGGCUUUUCAUAGUGCUCAAUUGGAUCUAUCCCCUGAGCAUAGGAGAAAAGUAUCAAUUUGUACAGUGGAUCCAAGUAUUCUAUAAAGCAUGCAUCCUCCAAUUUCCCACAAGCGAGAAUGGCAUGAUCUGAUGGAUGAAAUGGCUGUUGUAUCAAUAAAAUAAUAUCUGUCAAUUGCCUUUCAAGGAUCAAUUGUGUUUCAAGAACCACGCUUUGUUGAAUACUUCAGAUCGUUCAUGCUCUGCAAGGUGAGGUCUGUUCAGUUUGGCUAGAAAGGCAUCCCCUACCUGAACACCUACGACGGCCGCACCAUCCGCUACCCCGACCCUCUCAUCAAGGUCAACGACACCAUCAAGAUCGAUCUGGAGACCAACAAGAUCAUGGACUUCAUCAAGUUGUAUUUGCCCUUUCAUGGACUUCAUCAAGUUAUAUACUUAGUUAGGCUCAAUGUUAGCACAAACAGUUGAUGAGCAAGUUUAAAUUUAGAGUACACUUAUGUAUGAGUUAUUUGACAAUGCUUAUUUAUGAGAUAUUGAAUGUUAUUUA